AUGGCCACUCCCGGGUGCAUAAGGCUUCUUGAGCCCCAGCUAUCGCCGUGCAGCAGCUUGGACUGGUUGAUUUAUGGGCAGCCUGUAAUCGCUCUGUUCUCCAAAUUGGGCAACUCAGUCUACACUCCUUUCGAUCGUGAAUACCUUGGUCAACCAUCGCGCCACGCCCGGGGUCAGAGCCUCAAGCUUUGGGUUGCUUGCGAUGAUACGAACAGGCUCCUGGUAGUCUUGACUCAGGAGAUCCAAGUGAGCAGCGGCAAGAAGCCUCGUAUUUUCUAUCUCCGUGUUUCCGUGGAGUCGCUGGCAGUCGACACUGCCUCUCCUACGUAUUGGGCUAUGUCCGAUGGUGUUGUACCGUUGAACCCUCUGGAUCGAUUGGAUAACACCAGGCCCGACCAGACAUCUCGACUUCUGCGCACCUCCUUCUCACCAGCCGCCAAAUCUUGGGUCAUUAUGCCUGACUUCCCACAUACUGGUCGAGUUUCGGAUGAGUCCAUGUCGUUGCUACGCAAGCUCAAAGCCUUGUCCGAAGCCUCUUGUUUCGACCUGUUCACCACUCACGACUCUUGGACCUAUCAGAGCCUUCUCAGACUACAGGCUAUCCUGGCUGAUCGCACUGUGGCUGGCUUCAACAUCAACUACAACAACUUCUACCCGGGAGGCCGUCGUGCUAUUGUUGACUCCUGGGAGUCUCAGGGUUGGCGGCCUCUGGAAGAAGGGGCUGAGGACAGGAGUGAGAAGGAGCCUGAGGAUUGUAAGAGGUUGAAGCGGAAGCACGAUGCCAUUUCGGAUGCUGUCGCUCCAGGUAUUGUAUCUUUACCACCCNCGCCUUAUGACCUACCUGUGCCAGACCUCCUAUCUGCGGCUGUGCCAGGGGUUGUGCCAGGGGCUGCGUCGACGGCGUCCUUCGACAUGGCCGCAGCCUUGGCCAAUGAGGAUGCUGAAUCCGGUCAAGAGUCCGUCUUGUCUGAAGUCUAUCCGCGAGGACGCUCAAUAUCUUUGCCUCCUGAAACCAUACUCAAACCAUUGACCCCCAACUUUGUCUUUACCCCUAUUGCGUCUGGUGUCGUACCUGCUGAUGCCCCAGAGCCCACUACCCCUUUGUGUAUAGCUGAAUUGUCUUCUUCGCCUUUCCGGUCAGUAGCCUUGUCUCUUCAGAUCGAUGAUCACAGUCCAGCUGCUCCAGACUACACCGCCACGCCUCCACCGCAGGCACCAUCACGCUCGUAUCAAAAUGAAUGCAAAUCACCACUCUCGCAUGUACCAGAGACACCACCUAGUUAUAUUCUGUCAACUUGCAAAGCGGUGGUUCCGAGUACCAUCAAAAGUAGGAGCGGACUCAUCAACUGGCUGGCGACGCUGCUGAAGCGUUACCCCUAUUUCCACUAUAUAUGCAUUGCCGAACUUCUUGCUCUCGGCGCAGCAGUUAGAAGAAGCGACACAGAAGACACAAUCAGGCUUCUAAGGGCAAGGUGCCUGGCCUCCCUCCUCGACCAAGCCACUGAUCACGAUUAUCUUGGAGUCGAAUACAAGUCCAUUAGCGGAAGCAGCGAGCUGGAGGAGCUGGUCUCCUGGCUGCUGCUUGUGAACCCUGACGGAGACUUAAUGUUUCUCGAGCAGUUGUCCGAAGCCUCGAGGGCCUUAAAGGACGUCAAAAAGUCUAUUGGCGGUCUUGCUGCUACGCCACGCUCGUCUGAUGGUGCACUGUUUGACCAUCCCGGUCCCAAAGACGAAUAUGCUUCUGCGAAUAAGUUCAUGAUCUGCAAAGCGGGCAUUAUUCUGGACGCUUGUAUGGCGUUCGGCGAUCUCAUCUUUGGACAAAGCAAGCGUGAUAUUAAGGAUUUUAUGUUGAAGGAAAUGCAGCGUUUGAUCCGAUGA